AAUUCCAAAACCCCAAAAAUGGAAGAGAUCGCCGAUCAAACGUUCUUCCACUAUUGCCUCCUCACCCUAAUUUUCUCCGGUCCACCAACCGCCGUCGCGUUGAAAUUCCUCCAAGCUCCUUACGGCAAACACAACCGUACCGGAUGGGGUCCAACCGUAUCUCCGCCGAUUGCUUGGUUCGUCAUGGAGAGCCCAACCUUGUGGCUGACACUCCUCAUCUUUCCCUUUGGUCGUCACGCUCUCAAUCCUAAAUCUCUCCUUCUCUUCUCUCCUUAUCUCAUCCAUUACUUCCACCGCACCAUCAUUUACCCUCUCCGCCUCUUCCGCAGCUCCUCCGCCGGUAAAAACGGGUUUCCGAUCACCAUCGCCGCUAUGGCUUUCACCUUUAAUCUCCUCAACGCUUAUAUCCAGGCGAGGUGGGUUUCGCAUUACAAGGACGACUACGAAGACGGACAGUGGUUCUGGUGGCGGUUUAGUACUGGUUUGGUGGUUUUUGUAGCCGGUAUGUAUAUAAAUAUCACGUCGGACCGGACUUUGGUACGAUUGAAGAAAGAGAACCGGGGAGGUUAUGUGAUACCGAGAGGAGGAUGGUUCGAACUCGUUAGCUGUCCGAAUUACUUUGGAGAGGUGAUUGAGUGGCUGGGCUGGGCUGUUAUGACUUGGUCUUGGGCCGGUAUUGGAUUUUUUCUGUACACGUGUUCUAAUUUGAUUCCGCGUGCACGUGCGAGUCACAAGUGGUACAUUGACAAGUUCAAGGAAGAGUAUCCCAAGACUCGAAAAGCUGUUAUUCCUUUUGUGUACUGAGAAAGUAGAAACUAGUUUAUGAUAUGUUUAUGUCUCAAUUUGUUCCAAACUAGUUUUGUCAAAAUUUCCAAUAACCGGUUUUGUUCCAA